AUGUGGAUAUUACCGCUGCUUGGAUAUGUCGGCGUUAUCCUGGGCUUCGCGUUCCUGACGCUUGCGAUAGCUUCCGGCCUAUACUACCUUUCUGAACUCGUGGAAGAGCAUACCGUCUUCGCGAAGAAACUGCUCUACCGGCUCAUUUAUGGCGUCGUUGGCAUACAAACACUCCUUCUCGUAGUCGAUAGGUUUCCAAUUGGACUCAGCGCAUUGAGUGUCGGGUCGCAUUUCAUCUAUGCGCAGAACCUAAGGCGGUUCCCUAUCGUCAAGCUCACGGAUCCACUCUUCUUGGCCUCUUGUGCUCUUGUAAUCGCGAACCACUACCUGUGGUUCCGCCACUUCAGUGCUCCGCCGGCGAACUCGUACUCCUCGUAUCCCUAUUCUCGCGAUGCCAACAUCCCCACCUUCACCGAAAUCGCAUCCUACUUCGGCCUCUGCGUGUGGCUAGUCCCCUUCGCCUUGUUCGUCUCCUUGUCUGCCGGCGAGAAUGUCCUCCCCUCGAUGGGCUCGGAGUACGCGACCGGAGAUGGUAGCAGCUACAUCACGCCAGGAACAGCACCAGCAUCAUACGGAACCGGAACAGGCAUUGGCGUCGGUGGAGCCAGUAGUGGCGUGGAAGGGAAGAGGAGGGCGAGAAGCGGAACAAACGCAGGCAUGGCGAAGGCUGUCGUCACUGGCGUCAGAGAGUGGGUUGGGGAGACAGGAGAGGUUAUGGGGUUGUGGAAGGGUGAGAGGACAAGGCCAACAUUCUAA